ACAGCUGAGGGCUAGUUUGUUGGUGACGUUUCGGCUAAGGAAAAUUAAAAACAAACAAUUAAAUUCAAUUUUGAUUUUUUCUUUGAUUUGUAAGUCCAAAUGGAUAUUUCAACACUAUCUGGGGAUUCCUUUGAUGCAGUUGAUUGGAUAAAUGACAAUUUUAAAAAGUAUUGCGACGAAAACAGUUCAGCGGCAACCAAAGGCGAUGCCGGCGCUGGAGACAUUGAGGCUGUUGACUUUAUCAACACUUAUGUUUCCAAGUUGCAGCUUUAUGUCCAACAAGUUAAUUACGCUGUUGAAGAGAGUAGCCAUGAAUUGGUAGCCAAUUUACCAAGAAUAGUUAAGGACGUCAAAGCACUUCAUUCGGAUGUUCGGGAGUUGCAAGGCCGCAUGUUGGAGAUGCGUCAAGAAGUGGCCGCUGUCCAAGAGGAAACUGGUGAUUGUAUGGCUACUUUGGAAAAACUAAACACUAAACAAACCAAAUUGCAAGCAGCCAAGGAAUCACUACAAGAAUCAGAUGGAUGGGGCAAGCUUCUGUCUGAAUUGGAGGACAGCUUCGAGAGGAAUGAUUUGAAGAGCGUUUGCGAUAAAAUAUCUGCCCUUCAGAAGAGUUUGCAAGCCCAGGAACAAUUACCCGGACACGAAGAACGAAAGUCUCAAGUUGAGGAUUUUAAAAAUCGUCUUGAGGCCCUAGCUUCGCCUUCAUUGGUGCAGUGUUUCGCCGAAGGUAGUGUCGAACAAGCUCAACGCUAUGUCAGAAUCUUCGAGACAAUCCAAAGAAAAGCUCAAUUGCUGCAAUACUAUAGGGCCGUACAGAAAACAGCGCUACAGCAACAGUGGAAACAGACAUUGGAAAUACAAGCAACAGAAACAGCUGGACAACAACAGCAUUUCCUGAAUCUUUUUUACGAUCAAUUGCUAGAACAUUGCCAGAAACAAGUGAAGUGGUGCUCCCAAGUAUUUGGCCCUGACGUUGAAGAUGGCCUGCAACCCUUCAUGAUGCUUGCUGAGCUGCUGCCAGCCUUACAACCCUCUCGAGAUAAUCAUAUACUGCAAAUGCUAAAAACCUGUAAUGAGCGUCUAGAACUCUUACAGCAAUUCGCUCAUGCAAAUCAUACAUUUGUCUUGCAAUUGAACGCGUAUCUGGAGCAAUCUUCUAUAAAGUUGUCGCCCGAUUUACGCCAUCAGCUUGGCCAAGCUAUAUAUGAGUACUUUCACAAGUUCAUUCAGCAAUAUCCACGCCUGGAAGAGACUCAUCUGUCCACACAAGUGGAUAAAGUGUUAGUUAGUCAACCCCAUGCCAGUGAUGCAGUGCGCCAUUUGAGAGAUAUCACCAAUAAAUUAUUUGAUUGGCUUCACGAAUCCCUAGGAAGAUGCGCCAAUAUUACCAGUGACUUAGCUUUGUGUAAAAUGAUUAAUCUUUUGGGUGGCAUUUUCAAGCGUUUAUUGGAACAAUUUUCGAAGACCCAAAGACAACUGACACUAAAUAUUGGCUCAAAUGCCAACAACCUAAAUACCGAUAGCAAUUGGUCCAUGUUGCAAUACACUUUAGCCUUGUUGGAGUGCCUGGCGGACUACCAUCAGAAACUACAGAAAUUUGAAAAAACAUUGCAAGAGCGUUUGCUUCAAUUGGAACAUAAGCUUAGGGAGUCACCACAGACUACAAGCAUUAACAUCUACCAGACUUUUGAGUCCGGCGAACAACAACGUAUAUUAAGCGCUAUUGCAGAGUUCCAGCAGAAACGUUUGGAAGCAAAUCCAGAUAAUCCCACUGCAAAUUUGGGUAUAUUCUCAAAUAUCUACGAAUCCCUGAAGACCUUUUUCUGCGAGACCCAUGACAUUACUCUGAGCAUUCUUUUGCAGCCAUUGGAGUCUCAUUUAUCCCAAAUACAACCUCCUCAUCAAUUGCAACAAGGACACAUGCAAGACAUGCCAGCUUUUAGUUUUGCUCCCCAGGAAUGCAUUACACAAAUUGGGCAGUAUCUCCUCACACUGCCCCAGCACUUAGAGCCAUUGCUGUUAGCUCCAUCCGCUUUAUUAAAAAUGGCCUUGGAAAUGUGCCAUAUCAAAUAUGCCCAGCCCAUACCUUCGGCUGACAUAUUGCUCUCGCUGGUCGUAGCCCAGUGCUGCGUUCUUUAUCAAUCGCAAAUUUUACAAAUAAAAUCUUUGUCUAACGCCUCUUCAAAACAGCUUGCGGUCGACAUUGAAUAUCUCUCGAGCGUAGUUGAGGAAUUGGGCUUGACUUUAAAUACAUCUCUGCAACAAAUCUUAACUCUACUCAAAGCCUCGCCGGACAAUUAUUUGUCUUUGAGUGCCGGCUGUGAGCCACGUUUAGUAAUGGCAAUAAGACAAAUGCGCAAUAUAAUAUCAACGCAGUAAGUGUACCCGCUCGUCUUGUUUUUCUUAAAGAAAAGCAAUUAAUUAUGGCAAUAUGCGUCUAUGUUUCUAAUCAGUAUGCAACAAUAAAAUCAUACUUAUGUAGGCAUUCCAGAGAACUCUUGUUAUGUGCAAUAGCCGUAAUUUACAUAGUCUAGAAAAUCACAAACCAUUAAAAACCUUGUUUACCAA